AGCUGAGCACGCAGAAGCCAUGGAGUACGAAGCGAAGAAAGGGAAAAAGGGAUUCGUGUCCCCCAUCAAGCGCCUGGUCUUCCCGAAGGCCUCCCGCAAGCAAGCGCUCAAGGGCAACGUGUGUCGCCGGCGGCCGCUCCACUCCGUACCUCUGUACCCCCCAGACUACCUCAUUGACCCCCAGAUUCUGCUGCAGGACUAUGUGGAAAAAGAGGUGAAGUUUUUAGGCCACUUGACCUGGGUGAACAGCUCCUUGAACCCCUCCAGCCGGGACGAAUUGUUGCAGCUUUUGGAUACCGCAAGGGAACUGAAGGAGCUGCCGCUGACGACCACAACCUGAGGCAGGGACAGCACCUUGAGUCUCUCUGCCCGCUGCCUGCUGCUCACAUGGCGGGACAAUGAGGAGGCUAUCCUUAGGAUCCCCACCCAUGACAUUGCUGCGGCUUCCGACCUGAGGGACGAUGCGCUGCACCUGCUGGUGCUGAAGACAGGCCUGGGCGUUGAUCCGGUUCCCGCAGGCGGCACCCUGGACCUUUGUCCUGGAGUCCCAAAACUGGACAAGAAACAUCCUGCAGGAGCCACCACCGAGAAGAGAGCCCCGGACGCGCGGCAGUUGGGCUGUCCCAUGGAACGGCGCCACACCAUCUGCAGCCUGGACUGGAAGAUGUCCCGAGGUGGGUCCGAGGGACGUCCGAGCGGCGGAGGGAGCCUGGAGCGCAAGCAGGCCACGGGCAGCUGGGAGAAGAGACAGCGGACCAGCAGUGGCACCGGGAGAGCCUUCGGCAGCUGGGAACACCGGCAGACGCAGAGUGGCAGUUGGGAACGCCGGCACGGCAGCCAAGCCGGGGGCAGCUGGGAGCGCGGGAAGACCUACGGCAGCUGGGAGCACCGGCACACGGGGGGCAACCCCCUGGACCCCAAGGAGCCCUGCCCGGAUGCCUAUUGCAACCUGGUCAUCUUGGCCGUGGCCAACCGGGAUAUGGCCGAGGAGUCCUGCGCGCUGAUCUGUCAGGUUUUCCAGAUCAUUUACGGCGACCAAACCAUCGAGUGUGUGGAUCGGGCCGGCUACCACUACACCUCCACUCCGAAACGGCCCUGGCUGUCCAGCCGGAGUGAGAGCUGUCGGACCGAGGGCACGUACGCUUACGACGCCGACUUCAGUUGCUGCAGCUCCUUUGACGGCUCCCACGAGACUUUUGAGGCCUACUGCAGUAGUUCCUCCUCCCCUCUGCUACACCGGUCGCAUCACAGCCUGGCCACCGCCUGCAGCGGGAGCGACCACAGCAACACCAGCUUGGAACAACUGCAGGACUACAUGAUGACGUUGCGAAGCAAGUUGAGCCCUCAGGAGAUUCAAGGAUUUGCCCUCCUGCUCCGUGAAUACCGGACGGGUUUGACGGUGGAGAGCUACUGCGCUGGGCUGCUCAAUCUCUACGGGGAGAAGCGGAAAUUCCUUCUUUUGGGCAUGCGGCCGUUUAUCCCUGACCAGGACAUCGGCUACUUUGAGUCAUUCCUGGAGAGCAUCGGCAUCCGGGAAGGGGGCAUUCUGACUGACAGCUUCGGCCGCAUCAAGAGGAGCAUGAGCAGCACCUCGGCCUCAGCUGUGAGGAGCUACGACAGCUGGUCCUUGCACUCCGACGCGGAGUCCUUCAAUCGCCGGAUCGCCAACAUCACCCACGACAUCGAAGCCCUGGCGGGGGACGAGGAGGAAGCGGGCGCUGGGCCCGGGAGCGAUGAAGACAAUUAUCUCUAAGGCCAGGAAGCCCCCAACCCUUUUCAUGGCUAGUAUCCCAUCUGCCAUCCAGGCCUUAAGACGGGUGGAGUUCACUUCCCAGAAUUCCCCAGCCAGCAGGCUUUAAGAUGGGAGGAUUUCAACUCCCAGAAUUCCCCAGCCAGCAGGCUUUAAGAUGGAAGGAUUUCAACUCCCAGAAUUCCCCAGCCAGCAUG